AUGUCACCUGCUAAAAUAAACGAGCUUAUAUCUUCACCUUCAAGAAUAUCAAGGGCAAAUAGAGAAACUGGUACUCCAGAAUUUAACGUAGAACCAGUCGUUAACAUGGAAGGUGAUAUAUCAACAAAUGACAAGAAGAGUGAUACUGAUUAUGCAGAAAGUAGUUCUUUGAUAAAAGGUGCAUUCUAUGAUGAAGAAAAAAUAUUUAAUUCUUCUAAUAAUAAUAGUAGCAAUAAUGACAAAGAGAUAAAAUUUAACAAUGAUAAUAUAAUACAUAACAGUAAAGAAUAUAACAAGGAAGUGCACAAUAGUGAUAAGGAAGUAUUUUCUUUCUCAAACAAUAACAUAUCUAUGUCGUUAAAAUCUGAUUCUCCAAACGAACCAGUUUUCUUUUCACCUUAUAUAGUUUCUAGCUGUGGAAAAAGCAAUGCUAGAAAAGAACAACAAUUAAAACGUGGUUUCAGUCUUGGUCACUCACCAAGUACCGAUGUUCCUACAAAAGAUACUGUCAUGAAAAAUUUAAAUAUAUCAGUUGAAGAAGAGGCACAUACUGCACAAUAUUUUCAAUUUCUUCUAAACAGAGAAAUAACCAGAUUAAAUGAAUUAUGUAAAAAAUGGACAGAAAUUAAAGCAAAACCUGAAACUACAGAGGAUGGACAAUAUGAAAUAAAUCAAACUAUUGGCCAAACAAAUUUGUUAAUAAGCAAAAAGUUUGAAAGAUUUUGUGGAUUAGUUGCUGAUUGUGAGACAGGAAAAGGAGAAAUGUUAGUUACAUGUAAAGAUUUGCAAGGAUUUUGGGAUAUGAUGUAUAUAGAAGUAAAGAAAUGUGAUUCACAAUUUGAAAAAUUAGAGACUCUUUGUUCACAAGGCUGGAAGAAAGAAGAAUUACCUGUUGGCAAAUCCAUUGCUAAAAAGAAAUCUACUGUAAAAAGAAAUGUAUUCACAAAAUCAAGUUCUAUCAAAGCGUUUUUAGCAAAAAAGAAGCAAAGGAUGUCGCGAGAAAUAAAACAUAAUCGUGAUAUGAAAGAAGUUGAAGUUACAAAUAAUCAAAUUCUGAGUAAUAAAUAUGGAAAGGAUGAAAGCUUUUAUAUAAAAUAUAAAACAAGAAAGUUUAUGUAUAGUACUCUUAAUCGAAAAGAUUAUGCACCUAUCAAAGAUGAUAAAAGAUUAAGUCUAUUGCAAAAGGUAUGUUUGUCUGAAACAUUCAAGAAGAUAAAGAGUCCAUUAAUCAGAAUGGAAGUAAGUGAAGAGUGUAAAACACCAGAGGUACACUUGGAUGAUACAAUAUCUUAUGUUAAUUCUGAUCAAACACCAGGAAAAAGUAUAUUGAAGCCAUUAAAGAGUGGAAGUGUAGCAGAAUCUCGUAUGAAGUCAACAAACAAAGUUAAUUUUGAUGAUCAUAUAGUUUUAAAUGAAGUACCAAUUGAUGAAGAAACUCAGACAAAAAUGGAUUUGGCUGCAGCAUUAUCAAGAAUAGAUAGUUUUAACUUUGACAGUCAUGGUGAAGUAAUAAUUAGGGCAGAAAGAAAACUUAUAUUUAAUGAUAAUAGUUCUGAUGAAUCUGAAGAAGAUAUUGGACAUUUUAAAUGGAAAAAUUCUAUAACACCAUCUGCAACAGCAUUACCAAGAUCAGAAUUAGUUAAAAAUCUUAGCACACCUUCACCAAGGAGAAGUUUAAGAAGACAAAAUACUUUUGAUGAAAGUGAUGAGAUUCUACAUAAAACUUCACCAUUGAAAGAAAUUGCAGAUGAUACAAAUUUAAACACAUUAAAAAAGGAAUUACAGAAACAUGUUUCUAUAAGCAAGAAACAAGAAAUAAUGGAACAGGAUGAAAGUAUUAGAGUUUUACGAAAUAGAACUGUCACAGCAAUUGGUACACCUAUAGCUAAGAGGAAAGCCUUAAAAGAAAUGUCUACUGCUAUCCAAGAAUCAGAACAUAAGGAAAAUAAACCUCUUUCAGGGAGAAGAAGAAAAAGUUUUAUUAAAGGCAGUAUUAAUGAAGAGGAAAAAAUGAAUUUACACAGUUUGAUUGAUAACAAGUCUUUAGAAGAAAGGAAUGCUAGGAGAAGAUGCACUAGAAAUGUCAAAUUUUUGGAAAGUGAGUAUAGUGAUUGUGAAACAAGCAAACCAGUAUUACCCAUUACUCCGCAUAUUAGAAGGAGUAGGGCACAAUCUAGCGAUAGAAAGACGAGGAGUAUAAUCACAGAAGACCUUAUUUCAUGGGAAACACCAGAGAAACCUUCAAAACGGAUUAGAAGGUCUCAAAAUAAAAAAAGGGAUAGGAGCUUUGAUUUCAUGUGGUUGGAGUUUUGUCGCUUCCUUCGAGCGGAUGUCUGCUGUUUCGUUUCCGCUAAUUCCCUGGUGGGAAGGUAUCCAGGUGAUGGUUAUGGUUUUAUUUCUAUUGUUGUGUUCAGUGGGUUUUGA